UAGGGGGACCACAUACACACACACACCCACACACACACACACACACACAUAUGCGCAAGUUGUCGGGCCAGUCUAGCAGCUCUGGUAUAAAUCAGGAAAUCCCCCUAGUGAGGGAAGUUAGACUUUUUUUUUUAGCUGAAAGUGAAUGACUUGGUUUGAAUUUGUUGCAUUUGUUGCCAUGUUGCAUGCGGUUUGUGUGCGCGCGCUGGCGUUUUGAGAGCAAUUCGAGCACUGGGACCCGGGAUUCCUGUAGCUGCGCGCGCGCAAACACACGCGCACUUGCACACACACACAAACACGCACACACACACACACACACACACACGCACUUGCAGACGGGAAAGGAGAGGAGAGAGGACGGAGAGGGCUCGUGAGGAACUGGGCUGGAGUUGUAAAAGAUGCAGGAGUAGCGCAUUUCAUCCCGAGAAGAGUGGACAGAAGGUCACCCGUGUGCCAUGGCUCAGUUUAGGCUGCAGAACGUGGAGGACUUCUAUGAGAUCGGAGUUGAACUGGGCAGUGGACACUUCGGGCAGGUGCGGGAGCUGCGAGAGCGAGCUUGCGGCACCUGCUGGGCAGGGAAGUUUGUGAAGCUCCGUCGGAGCGUGAGCAGCCGUCUGGGCGUGGAGAGGAAGAGCGUGGAGCAUGAGGUGGAGAUCCUGCAGAGCCUGCAGCAUGUCAACAUCAUGGCCUUGCGUGACGUCUUCGAGAGCCGGGCCGAGAUUGUCCUAGUCGUGGAGCUUAUCCGUGGUGGGGAGCUUUUCGACUUCAUCGCUGCGAAGGAAAACUUGAUGGAGAACGAGGCCAUCGACUUCCUGAAGCAGAUUCUGAAAGGAGUUGGCUUCAUGCACAGCAAACAAAUCGCCCACUUCGAUCUGAAGCCUGAGAACAUCAUGUUGUCAGAUAAGAAUGCAGAGCAUCCCGAGAUCAAGAUAAUCGAUUUCGGACUUGCUCACCGCUUCAACACGGGAGAAGAGUACAAAAGUCUGUGUGGCACUCCUCAGUACAUAGCUCCCGAGGUGAUAAACUACGAGCCGCUGAGCGUAGCCACUGACAUGUGGAGUAUUGGUGUUAUUACCUACAUACUAUUAAGUGGUAUAUCACCUUUCCAAGGCGAAACGGAUGAGGAGACACUAAGGAACAUUGUGGAUAUGAAGUAUGACUUUGACGAGCAUUACUUUAGCCAAACAAGCGACAUGGCCAAAGAUUUUAUUGAGAAGCUGCUCAUAAAAGAUCAGAGUGAAAGAAUGACAGCUGAGGAAAGUUUACUUCACCCCUGGAUAAAGCCGCUGACACGUAAGCAGGCAGCUAACAGGAGUCGCUCGUCCAUCAACAUGAAGAGCUUCAAGAAGUUCAACGCCAGGAGAAAGUGGAAGAUGUCCUAUAACAUGGUGUGGGCGUGUAACAGACUGUGUCGUCUGCAGCUGCUCUGCAAGACAGCCAAAGAGGACGAAGAGCUGAGAAGUUGCGAGAGCGACCAGGAGGACACGGGGAUGAAGCCGGCCUCUCUCAUCCGCCGCAGGCUGAGCAGCAGCUCCUGAACCUCACCUCCAUCUUCUCCCGCGUUCCUCCUCAGAGGAAAUGAGUCACAGGGUCACGCGGUACCCCGGAGCUCUCCAGUCGUGCACUCUUAUUUAUUUCAGAGUUCACUUUAUACACAAUUUGACCUUUAUUAUACAGAUGUGUUUUGAAUGAGCGUUACAGUGCAUAUGGCAGCCAUCUGUGCAAAUAUCUUGACACAAUUUCUGUGAA